AUGGAGGAGCUGGAAGAGGUCUGGGAACGUCUUAAGCUGAACGAGGAGGAGAAUGUGCCGAUUUCGAUCAAUGUAGGGGAAGAAUUCCUGUCAAAGGCAAAACGAAGCUUGGUGGGAAAAAUUAUAGUUGACAGAACGAUCGGGAAGGAAGUUGUGAGGCGAACUAUGGAGAAAAUUUGGAGCGUAGGGAAACCUCUGGUGUUUCAUGAAUUCAGAGCAAAUUGCUUCAUCAUUAUGUUUAUUAAUUCCGCUGAUAGAAACAGAGUUUUGCGAGGUAAGCCAUGGCUCUUUGAUAAUCACUUGUUUGUCUUGAAACUGUUUGAUGGUUUUACUCAACCAAACAAAAUCAACUUUGAAGAGGAGGAGUUUUGGAUUCAGCUUCAUAAUCUACCUCUUGCCUGUAUGAGUAAGUCUGUUGGGGAGUUGAUAGGGAGGUCUGUGGGGGAAGUGGUGGACGUAGACGUGAUGGAGGAUGGGUUGGGAUGGGGAAGAUUCAUGAGGGUCCGUGUAGUGUGUGAUCUGAGAAAGGCAGUGGCUAGAGGACGUACAGUUAACUUACUAGGAAGGAAUAUGUGGGUGCCUCUUACUUAUGAGAAGCUGCCAAGGAUAUGCUUCAAAUGUGGAAGGAUUCUUCACUCUGAGGAAGGAUGUUUGGCAGUUUCGGGUGAGGAAGGAGGUCAGUUUAGGCCGUGGCUGAGAGCAGGUUUGAGUAAAAACUUUAAAUCCGUAGGGUGGUGGAAGAAAGGGACUGAGUCAGAUGAUAGUGGUUACUAG